AUGAAGAUCACCCCACGAAGAUGUCUCAGAAAUGGAGUAAUAAUACUGAUUAUCUUCGGCCUUUUGAGCUGCUUUAAAGUUCUCUGGCGGCCAAAAGUAACAACAGUUAUUAGAAAACCUCCAUCUAGACUUCAGUGGGUUCAAGGUCAACCAACAAGGAAGCCGGCAACUCAGAUUGACUAUCCAACUCACACAACUGAAAUAAACGACAGUAGUACAUCCCUGCUGGACAAAUCACGAAUCCUAAUUCUUGUCUACACUAAAUUUUGGAAUGAGGAAAGGUGGGUUGGUGAACUACGAGGCGAGUGCUUUUUGGAUUAUGAGACUCAGUGCCCGUUAGAGAAAUUUGAGGUGACGUACGAUAAAAAGCGGUUUGCGGAGAGCGAUUUGGUGAUUUUUCACGCCGCUGCGGUAAACAUGCCAAGUUUAAAGCACCUAAGAUCAUUAUCAAAGAACAGGACAUCUUCGCAGCGAUGGGUUUAUCAGAGUAUGGAAAGUCCCAUGUCAACGCCUGAUCCAGAGCCGUUGAACGGACUGUUUAACUUAACUUGGACAUACAGAGGAGAUGCUGACUUCUCGGCAGCCUACGCAGCCUAUGUCCCCCUAAGCCCCGAAGAAAAGUUAAAUAAAAUGGCAUCUUUUACGACAGACUUUAGUCAAGGAAAAUCAGAACUUGUAGCCUGGCUAGUUAGCAAUUGUCAAUCUCAACUACGAAUGUCUUUUGUACGGGAACUGAAAAAGUACAUUAAAGUUGACGUUUUCGGAUCAUGUUCCCGAUUGUUUGGCAAUCCACGAAUAUGCUCGAAAUCAUAUGAGAAACACUGCCUAAAGAGGUAUAAAUUCUAUCUUUCUUUUGAGAAUGUGAUGUGCAAGGAUUACAUCACUGAAAAAUACUAG